CCUAACUUUUAUAUAUACUGAUAUAUAUUUUGUCAUUUUCCCUCCAUCUUCGACUGAUUGGAUGUCCGAACACGGAACAACGUGGUUUCGCUCGUGAGUUCAAUUACGUGGGGAAAUCUCCGUUCAUUGCCACUUCCAUGAGUUAUCCAGUGAUCUCUUCAGGUUCCGACAAUCUCUGCAAUCGAUCAUCGUAUUCUUCAAUGGCUGCUCAAUCUGUCGGCGAAACGGAAGGCAGAGAUUUUCCUUCCGACCUCCCUUACCUGUCCGGCUUCAACAACCAUUUCUCUUCCGAGGCGAUUCCCGGUGCUCUUCCUCAAUCCCAAAACAGUCCUCUCAUAUGCCCUUUUGGCCUCUACGCCGAGCAGAUCUCCGGCACUUCCUUCACAUCUCCUCGUAAAGCCAACUUGUGCAGUUGGUUGUAUCGGAUUAAGCCGUCGGUCACGCACGAACCGUUUAGACAACGUUUGCCUAAAAACGAGAAGUUGAUCAGUGAAUUUAAUGCAUCAAAUUGUUCAUCGACUCCCACUCAGCUAAGGUGGAAACCGGCGGAUUUUCCUGAUUCACCGGUGGAUUUUGUUGAUGGACUGCACACUGUCUGCGGAGCCGGCAGUUCGUUUCUCCGCCAUGGGUUUGCUAUUCACAUGUACACAGCCAAUAAGUCGAUGGAGAACUGUGCGUUCUGUAAUGCUGAUGGCGACUUCUUGAUAGUUCCUCAGACUGGAAGGCUGUGGAUUACUACAGAGUGUGGUAGACUUGAAGUUUCUCCAGGCGAAAUUGUAGUUUUACCACAAGGUUUCCGCUUUGUUGUUUAUUUGCCUGAUGGUCCAUCACGUGGCUAUGUAGCUGAGAUUUUUGGUUGUCAUUUCCAGCUUCCUGACCUUGGUCCGAUAGGUGCUAAUGGUCUUGCUGCACCAAGGGAUUUCCUUGCACCUGUAGCUUGGUUUGAAAAUAGUCCGCGUCCUGGUUACACAGUUAUUCAAAAAUUUGGUGGGGAAUUGUUUACUGCAACACAAGACUUUUCUCCCUUUAAUGUAGUUGCCUGGCAUGGAAAUUAUGUUCCGUAUAAGUAUGAUCUCUGUAAGUUCUGUCCUUAUAAUACUGUUUUGUUUGAUCACAGUGAUCCAUCAAUAAAUACAGUAUUAACGGCGCCAACUGAUAAACCUGGAGUAGCACUACUCGACUUUGUCAUUUUCCCUCCCAGAUGGCUUGUUGCUGAACACACAUUCCGUCCUCCAUAUUACCAUCGUAACUGCAUGAGUGAAUUUAUGGGUCUCAUAUAUGGAGGCUACGAGGCAAAAGCUGAUGGGUUCGUUCCAGGAGGUGCCAGCCUUCAUAGUUGCAUGACUCCCCAUGGUCCUGAUACUAAAACUUAUGAGGCUACUAUUGCUCGGGGGAACGAUGCUGGACCACACAAAAUUAGUGGCACAAUGGCGUUUAUGUUUGAAUCAAGUUUGAUCCCUCGCGUAUGUUCUUGGGCUCUCGAGUCCCCAUUCAUGGAUCAUGACUAUUAUCAGUGCUGGAUAGGACUGAAAUCUCAUUUCAAAAAUGAAGCAAUUGGAGAUACGGAUCCCCAGAAGGUAAGAAUCAAGUCUGAAAAUGGAAGACAAAUUGGGUAAAAUAUUAUAUUGGAUGGAAGAUCCUGAAUUACAUGAAAAUAGGUUUCAUAUUAAGUGUACAUAUAAGAAUAAAAUGAUGUAUAAAUUACCCAACGUGCUUCAUGAUAUAAGUUGUUUAGUCUUAA